UCUCGCCUUCAAGACUCAGCGCAGGGAACAUGUGUGUAGCGCCAAAUAUCGCGAGAUUACGGUCAGAGAGGCGCCAACACACAAGCAGCCCGGAGACAAACACGUCGCCUCGUGACUUGUGUUUCUUAACUGAACUAUUCGCGCUCAGUCGGUUCCAGGGCUGUGAAACUUCAGCUUUAAUGUAGAUGCACAUGUUUGGUUUCCGCUGAGCUCUGUGUGCUGUGUUUUACUCGGUGAACGAUGUCGGACGCUCUGUCAGACGACGGCAGCCACGACGACGGUCAGGAGGAUGUGAUGACCCCGGCGGAGCUGAUCGCCAAACUGGAGGAGGCCUGGCUGAAUGAGAAGUUCUCCCCGGAGCUGCUGGAGAACCGGUCGGAGGUGGUGGAGUGUGUGAUGGAGCAGCUCACUCACAUGGAAGCCAACUUGCAGCGGGUGAAGAAAGGGGAUGCGAAGGCCAGUAUCCAUCGCAUGGAGAUAGAUAGAAUCCGCUUCGUUCUGAGCAGCUACCUGCGCUCUCGUCUGCAGAAGAUUGAGAAGUUUUUCCCUCAUGUCCUGGAGAGAGAAAAGUCUCGAGGCGAGGGAGAUCCCUCUUUGCUUUCGCCCGAAGAGUUUGCCUUUGCCAAAGAGUAUUAUGCAAACACAGAAACCUAUCUGAAGGCUGUAGCACUGAAGCGCAUGCCCCCCAACUUACAGACAGUGGAUAUGAUCAAAGCAGUGCCUCAGCCCUGCUUGGACUCCUUUGUGUUUCUGCGGGUGAAAGAGAGACAGGAGAACAUCAUGGUCGAGCCUGAAACAGACGAUCAGAGAGAGUAUGUCGUGGAUCUUGAAGAAGGCUCUCAGCACCUGAUGCGGUAUCGAACUAUAGCACCACUAGUUUCGAGUGGAGCUGUGCAGUUGAUUUGAAUGUGAAGGUCUGUGUUGGUGUGGAUGGCUCCAGGUGAUCGUGAACCUGCAGAGAUCACAUCAGCAAACACGUCCUUGAAAACACCCAAGUAGUGGCACCAUGGCUUCAGGAGAUGUAACCCAGUGGAAAAUAUUCCCCAAAUAUAAGAUCACCACUAAUGAGAAGUGAAGGCUGGGAAAGAACCCAGUUCACCAAACCAGCUUUUGCAGUGCUGUGGUGUUAUUCAUGGACUUUUUUUAAAAUCAUGACAUAACAUAAGUUCAAUUAGAUUCCCACAGUAUAAUGCAUUUUGGUGUAUUGGGGUUUAUGAGACCUGUAAAGACUCUAUCAAAUCUGCUACGUCAUCAUUCCUUUUAUUCUACAUGCAGAUGAUUUGCAUGAUUGGACUUUUUCCUUUGUUGCUCAAUAUCAGGACACAUCAAAUGACUUGAAGGUGAAAUUUCAUCUUGGCAUCACAUUGCCUGUCACUUCCUGGUGCAGAUAUUAAUUUGCGUGUAUAUUUGAAAGAUUAUUUUCAUUGAGCUGAUAUUCACACUUGUGUAAACUAUCAUUAUAAAUAAUUGUGUUCCUUUCCUAACUGUGCAUCUCUUUACCUUGACUACCGGAUCCAAUUUUAUCUGCUUUUCAGCGCCGCUCUGCUUCAUAACAUUGAAGAAUCUUUAGAUUGUGUCUCUGUAGUCUCUCCCUGAGAGGAUGUGUGGAACAUUGUCUUCUCUGAGAUUGUUUUAAUAGCUUUGUUAUGUAAGGAAUUCAGAGGGAGCAGUCUGUGCCUAUUUUUUGCCUGCAGUGAACUGAACAGCGUCAGUCAUCAUCUUGAUUUGCAGAUCUAGCUAAUAUCAAAUCUUAUUACUCUGUUGUUCAGAGACAAGGUAUUUAGAGCACAUUUGUAUUAAAAUGCUGGGAAUUGAAAGCACUGUUCACAUUGACCUUGAAAAUGGUUAAAGAUGUAGAUUUAAAAGAAUAAAACCUUAAAAAUAUCA